UAAAAUUGACAAAAUCAGUAAAGGUGUGGAAAAGGAAAAUGAACACAAGCUCAAAGCCACAAGAGAAUAAAAUCUCAUACAAGUAGUUCGAUUCAGUGCAAAAAUUAGCUCGAUUGUGUGAUUAUACAAACAAGAAACCCCAAUUAGUCUUGUUAGUGAUUCCAAUGCCGAUUCUCGCCAACUAUUUCUAUCCAAUGGCCGGAAACACGUCCGAGCUCCGGCGGAAUUCUCGCCGGAGGAAGAUACAGAAGCCCCUCCCUCUCCGGAAAUUGGAUGGCUAUAUCUAUUGCAUACAGGUGAACAAAUUCCGUCAAAUUUUUUUCAGCCCCUUAAUGCUGCUUCUCCUUGCUCUCUACCUGUUCGACGAAAUGUCCCAAUGACGAUUGUGUUAAUAAUGCCUGUGUCCUGCUCUUGAUUUCCCCAUAAGCUGUGUGCAAUGCGUGAAAAUUUGCUAAUUAAUCGAUAUUUUCCCCUUGGAGUGUUGAAUUCUUAUGGUAAUUAAUCUAUAUUUUUCUGUACAAAUUCAAUCCAGUGUCUUCUCUACGAAUUAGUAUAACUAUUGUUUGAAGUGGCGAUGCGGCUUGCGGUUUUAAUAUCUCACAUGUUUUUGGAAUGUGGAUGAGUUUGAUUUGAUUGCUUGUUCUCUGUUAUCAUCUUAGCUCAAUAGAGUUUGGAAUUGCUGUGAAAUAAAAUAUGAUGAUCUUUAACACGUAGGGAGUGUGUCAGUGCUUAUUUUCAGCUGGAAAGGAACACAUAAAUACGGCAGUUUAUGUUGGAUUUUUUUGUGUGGAAGUCGUAGUUUUAGUAGUAGAAGAGUUUGCCGUAAAAUAAUAAAAGAAGUAUGCCACACAGCUGCAGAUAACUAAUAAACAAGAUGAUUAAGAUACUUGUGAGAUUGUUACUCGGACAAAUAUGAUACUUCCUGGUGUAAGUAGAAAAACAAAAUAAUCAUGGAUUCCUACCACGACCUUUGGGGAACAUAAUGUAGAUCUUUUUCUUGGUCUAGUGUAUUCUAAAAGUAGCGGACGCAAACAAAUUCAUUGUGGGGGUAUUGUUCGAAGUUCAUAUAUAGGCGUAUAUAUUUUUUUCUUGAUCAAGUACAGAUAUUUUGUAAAAGGUUCCCUGAUAGUAUAUUAUUUCAAGCAACCGAACAGAAUUUGUGGAUUCCAUCCCGUAACUUGUUUUUUUGGAGAACAAAUCAUCUGUUUUAAUUGGGAACCACACUCAGGAAUAUAAAUUUUACAAACUGUUGAGAAUGUAAAACUAAUUGUAAUAAUCAACCAUAACUCACAUUUUACUAACUAAAUUUGAAACAAUGUUUUUAUGAAAAUCUUGAUUAUGAAAUAAUCAACACCAAAUAUUGAUGAAUAUCUAAAAAAUGAAAUAAGAUAUUUAUAAAACACUAAUUAUGAUACUAUAAUAAACCCUAAUUAGAAUUAUUUAUAGAACCAAAAAAAAGCUUAUCAUAUGAAAUAUUGAAGAAAAGUUGAAAAAGUUAAUAGUGGUAGAGAAAUGGUACACCACAGUUUGGUAUAUAAAUUUAAAUAUAGGAAAGGAAAACAAAAAAAUGUACUAGCACACAGUUUCUCUUUCUUCAAAAUAUGUGAUUCUUUUCACAUUUACAAAAUUACUUCCAUAUUGGCCCAUGGUGCUAUGGAAACAGGGUUCGGAUGGAACUUACGGAAAUAAAUCUGCUGCGUUAGAAUACUGUGCGCUCAACAAUCUUAAUCUGUUUUGUAGUUAAUGAGUAUCAUAGAAAAUGUAAUGGAUACAACAAUGGCUGAAGUGUGUAUAGAAUUUGAUUAUCAAAGCAAUCAAAUAUAUGUAUAUUUUCAUUAGCUACAUUAUAAAUUUGUGAUAUAUGUUAUUGCCUAAUCUAAUAUGUUUAGAUUAGUGAGGAGACUUCUUCUCAUUGUUCAAGAUUGCUAUGACUUAUUAUUGUCAAAGUAAAUUCUUAGGUUAGUUAAUCAAAUACACGGAUGCGAUAAGUUUAUUACACGAAUACAAUAAUAAGAAAAUAGAUUACAAAGGUGGCCAAGUGGCUUCUGAGCAGCCACACAUGUAAACUUAUUCCGAAAUAGAAUAGUGGAAAAUAGCAUUAAUCACACCUUACUUAUAAUUUGUAACGCCUGCUCAAAAGCUUGCAUACGUAACAUAUAUCCUCACACGUCACAAGACCUUUAUGGCACUUACAUUCACAAUCGCUGACCCUACAAUCAUAUAUGUGUGAACGAGUGCGUAUCUUUUAGUUAAUCAACUGUGAUUGUGAAGGAUUAUAACAAAACAAAAAGAUUAAGAAAGCCAGGUGGCUUCUAAGCGAUACCACUGGCCACUUAUUCCAGUCCAAUCAACUUUAUUCCAUGUAACAAAAAGAAUUAUUACAAAACAAAGAGAUUAAGAGAGCCAGGUGGCUGUGCAGCGCCUAUAUAAGAAACACAGGUUAGUCCAUUGUCUAUACUUCUUCAGAGUAAAAGUUUCUAUAAAUCUAGAGGGCGGAAAUUUCUCAGAGAAUAAGCAUAUUACUAAGGAUUUGGAGGCCACAGUUGUCCUUUUUUGUGCAGUCUUCGCCAAGAAUUAUUUCCUUGAAGUUGAUGAUAGAUUAUAUGUUUGAAAUGACUGCAUGUUGAAUUCCAUAGAAGAGAAAGAAGAUCUGGUCAGCAUUCUCUGUUCUCAGUCAAGCUUUCCUAGUUGCCUCGGAAAUGGAUUCAGAUCGGACAUCCAACAACUGCUUCUGGACAAUGGGGGUGAAUGAUGCUGCAUCAAAGGAUGCACGCACAUCUUUGGAUUGGACAAGGGAGGAGGACAAGGCAUUCGAGAUUGCUCUCGUAACCCACUAUAAUGAUGCUCAUAUGUGGGCUAAGAUCGCAUUGGCAGUUCCUGGGAAAACAGUUCAAGAUCUAAAACUUCACUAUGAAGCCUUAAGUGUGAUGGCUUUUGAGUCUGGCAAGAUGCCUCUGUCCAUUUAUCCGACCAGAGGUGAUGUUCUGGAAAAGAAGGAGCUGAAGCCAGAGCAAGCGCAACGAGGGGCUCAUUGGACAGAAGAGGAACACGGGCAAUUUCUAUACGGUUUGUGGAUGUUCGGUAGGGGUGAUUGGAAGAACAUUUCCGAGUAUAGUGUGCGAACAGGAUCAAGUACCCAAGUAGCAAGCCAUGCUCAAAAGUUCUUCAGAAGACUGAGUUUGACUGAAAAAGAGAGUAAACGGGUCAGUAUAAAUGAUAUCACAACUCUGAAACCCGAAAAUUUGUUAGCCUUCGAGAAGGAAACGACAAGGUUCUGCAAGGGAGAGUCUUCUACAGCUGGAACCGGAGAAUUGGUUCCCGGAAAUCUCGAGAGAGCAGCAGCGCACGCUGGAAUCCAAUUGCUGUCAGGAUGCGCCACGGUAGCUUCACGGAAUGCUUUCGGGAAGCGCGGGCGCCCUAAGAAAGCUUUGAGUGCUGAUGAAAACAAGCUGAUGCUGGGGCCAAGGUAUCACAGGAAAAAGAAAGCGGUUGCUUGUAACGAGAGCCGAUUGCUGCCCAGGUUCCCUGAGAGGGUUCCAAGUGAGACGAGGAACCAAUUGCUGUUUGGGGGAAAGAACGCUUCAUCUGAUGCCGGGAAGCUACUGCUGUCUGGGUACCAUAACGAAGCUCCAAAGGAUAUCGGGUACCAACUGCUGUCUGGGUACCCUACUCAAUUGGCCCCCCCGUCUGGUUCACUUGAGAUCACAGGCCACCCGACGACUACUUCAUAUGUGACUGUUGGGAAUAGCACAGGUGCAGCAAUGCAAAAUAUUGGCGUGCUUGCGGAUGGUCAAUAUGAUAUCGGUGCUAGCACCGAUAUUUUGGAUGAUGUGGAUCUAUCUUUGUUCCCUCAUUUCCUUGAUUGAAAUGGGUUUAAUAAAUUUUCCUUACAGAAUUAAUACCCUUUCAACGGCCAAAUGUGUACAAAAAUCAAUCUAAUCCUUAUAUAUAAACAUGUUCAAAAUCCAA